GUGUCACAGGAAACUACAUUGGAGGAGCAGAAAAUUUAGUGCAAGAUGUAAUACGGACCAACAGCUGCCAGUCAGACAGCAGUGGGUUUCUGGAAGAGCCCUUCAUCCUGUCUCUCCCUCAGCAGGCAUCACCAGGACCUGAUCUCAUCAAGGUUCUGCCAGAAGCAAGCACUGACAGCCAAAACAGUGAGAAGCCAGGCUCUCCUUGUUCUUCUUCCCCACAUAACUCCUCAUCACACAUCUCUUCAUCUCUGAUCUCUUCUGGUGUUGAGAAAUCUCUCUCAUCCUGUCCUUCAUCGCAGCCUUUAUUAGUGUUUGGCCCUUCCCCCUCAUCAUGUCUCCCAAAAUAUGACCUGCACAGUUCAGAAAUGGAGACACCACUAGAUCAAGAUCAGUCUCCACCUGCAUCACUGUCUGAACUGGUGUUUGAGUACCAUCCUUCUUGCUCUUUCUCACAGAGUGUAGCUCACUCCCAAUCUCCAAUGACUUCUCAAGCUUCAUUUAUGUGUCUCUCCCCUACUUCUUCCCCUAUGCAAGCUGCCUCAUUGACUAGAGGAGCAGAAAACAUUAAAACACAAGACAAGGACGCUCCAAGCCCCCACCUCUCUACUCUACUUCAUGAUUCUAAAGGCACAGCUUCCUCUACCUGUUCAAGGAUUCCUCAACCUCCAUCUCCUUCUCUAAAUUUGGAUUGUCCAUUUUCUACCCCAACUGCCAUGUCUUCUACACAGUCUGACUCCUCCUCUGGGGGUCAAGGGAACACACAGUCAGAAUGGGCUGAGGUGACUUUACAUGAAAACUCCCUCUCAUUUCCACAUCCCUCUUCCUCCUCUGCUCAAGAAAGCAAUCAAAAUGAUUUAGUUUUCUCAGAUUCAGAUAGAAUAAGCUUCUCUGAAACACCUACCUAUACACAAAAUGAAAAGGAUGAAACACCCUCUUCUUUAUCCUUUCAGUUGAACAAGGACAAUUUCUCAGCUCCAUUCCUUCUUGUUCUGGACUUCUAUAAGGUUGAGGAGGGCUGCUCCACACUGCCCUGCCUUUCUUCUAAUGCUUCCAUUCCAGUUUGUCAGUCUGUCUUGUCUUCAAAAUCACAUGAUCCAGACAUUUCAGACCUGACUGACCAGUCCAUCUCCAAACAGGGACAACCAUAUUUUCAUGAUGAUAACACAGACCCUAUUCCAGCCUCUCCUGUCCAAGAUGUUUUUCAUGUUAAGAUGGAUCACCUCUCCUUGGACAUAGAGGAUACCCUUCAGGGGAAUGGAAAGAGAGAGGGUGAGAGACAUACUGACACUGUGCAGACCCAAGAAAGUGUUGUUUACAUCUCAGAUACAGAGAGCUCUGCAGGUCUGUCAGAAAGUUCUAGAUUAGCCUCAGAGGAAGUAUGUAACCAAACAGAAAUAGAUCCACAGAUCUCCUCCUGUAGUCUGCAUGAUGAGCAUUCAACUGAAACCAAACAGGAAGAGUUAAGAAAAGUGUGUCAAGUGGAAAUCAAUGGCACAGGAAGUGAAUCAGCCAGAUUUUAUUUAGCACAGAAAGUGCCAGAGGUACACAGCAGAAUUGAAGUGGAGCAAAAGGAUCUAAUUGAGAUUGAGAGCCUAGAUCUGGUAUUUGAAACCUCAGUGGAUGGCUCGGAGGGUGAAAAUGGAGAUGACGAUACCUUUUUUAAGCAGCUUGACACUGAAUGUCAAGUCUAUUGGGCUGAACCCAUCCAGGUUUCUAAUCCAACCUCUGUGUUCAAAGAAUCAGGCAGCCUUGAAGCCACAAAUGGAUUUCUUGAGCAUUCACUAUUGCUCAGAAGCUCAGCUGCUCUAGAUUCAGUUUCAUCUACAGGCAAAGAUUUGCCUUUAUCUCUGUCAUCCUCAUCAACAAUGGGCACUGACCAGAACUCAGGGAAUGCAACUGCCUCCUCAGAUUCACCUUGCUCCUUGGCUCUAGCUCCAUUUCUAUCCCUGCCUGCAACCCCAGACCUCAAGCUAUCAAGUCGCUCUGUUUCAGUUCAGAUGUCUUCAUCUCCACCUUCUCAUAUUGUCCACAGGAAGGAUGUCCCUUAUAUGGCUGAGUCAAAAUGCACCCUUUUCUCUAGUGUUCUCCCUUUGGACACCUCUACCCCCUUCCGUGCUGUCCAAGCAUGGACAGAUGGGCAAAUUCAGCGAAAUGCCCUCAUCAACACAUUAUCACAUGGGGCUCUUCAUACCGUCCCAAAUGAAGUGUCCAUAUCAGUGGGUUCAGAAACAACACAUAGACCUACACUAAUCUUCUCAUCAUCUCCAUCUGUCCCUCUGCUGUCUAAUGGCUGGCAGUCACAUGACUGUCUUCCUGGGAUGACGGAAAAUUACCGGACUGUAUCAUCCUCUGUGGAUACAGCACUGUGGCCCGAGAAGAAAGACAAGGUGGACAGGAAUGGAAACAAAGAUGAGGAGAAGCUUUGGGAGGGUAGUCAGACAGCCACCAUGGUAUGCUGCUGCUCCUGUGACCAUCAGUGUACCUGCUGUAUACAAAACAGUUACAACAAGCAACAUAUACUGGGAAACACUCCUUACUCUUUAGGUGAUUUGGGGGAGAUGAUGCUGAGUCUGCAGAAGUUUUGCUCUGUGCUCAGCAACAUGGAGGAGCAGCUCUCUGAAGGCCAGGCUGCAGUGUAUAGUGCUCUCUCUGACCCGGACAGAGAGAAGGUUCGGGACAUAGAGGAGCUGAGGCGAGCAGUGAAACAGGAGGCUGGAGAGCUGGAGAUGCAAUUGAAUGAACUGGCCCAUCACUAUGAUGACAGCUUGAACAUGAAGAUGCACAGACUGUUGGAUGAGCAGUCUCUGCUGUGCUCUCAACUCAGAGUCUUUCUACCUGGAGCAGUGCCUACAUCAUUAAGCCCCACCCACAACAGGACAGUAGCCACUCAGUGCUGUCUGCUGCCCUGGUUUGCCUCAGCUGAUGUUGAAGAAUAACUAUGUCUCCUCCAUAAUGUGGAUUCCCCCAGACAGUCACCUCCUGGAUCAAACAACAUCUGUGUGGGGCUGAGUUUUUCUCCCACUAAACCAGAUAAGCUUGACAUAGAGGGCUUCCUCCAGAAAGUAAGAACAUCACAUUACAGCCUGUGGGAAACAGAAUUAGAAUAUCAUUUGUACCUGCGACCUUUAAGACUUCAGACUUUUUUGAACCAAUAUAGUUGGGCAGAUGGCAUCUUGUUUCUUGUUUAUUUCUGGAGAUAUUAAAUUGCAUAAUGUAAUCCUGAUACAGAACACUUAAUGAAUCACAUAGGUUGACGGGAGAGAUGACAGGAGACAGCAACUGACUGAGCAAAAUAUGACCUGUAUGUUUAACAAUGUGCAUAUAACACAAUAAUAAAUAUACAUAAUAGCCACAAUACCAAUAAUUAUUCACUGUUUCAUACAAUGUUUUGUAAAAUAAUUAAACAAUAUAUUUUAAACUGUGUAGAGGUCACAGUUUAAAUUAGGUCAAUUGGAUGUAAAUUACUUUCAACCUAAAUUUUACACCUAAAAAGAAAGUUUGUGUCUUAGUGUCAUGGUUUUGCCUUAACUAGCUUAAUAGAUAGAUAGAUAGAUAGAUAGAUAGAUAGAUAGAUAGAUAGAUAGAUAGAUAGAUAGAUAGAUGUACUUUAUUGAUCCCGGACUGGGAAAUGAACUGUACAUAUCAUUUCACAUUUUAAUAUACUAAUUUGUAUUCAUGUGUAUAUUAUUAUAAAUUAAAAUAGCCCUCUUUUCGGAAGAACUGUACAGCAUUCAAUAGUGUUAAAUACAAGCCUUGAACAGAAGACAGUGUUGUGACCUUUAUUUUGGUGACUCUUUAAAUCCAUCUGAAGGUUGCAGGCAAC